CUACAUGUCUUUGGUGAAAAUAACCCAAAUUAGGAUAUAUUUUUUAGUUCGUAGGAAAGUUAUAGAGUUCACAAACUAUGGGAUAUAUAUGCAAAAAAUAAAAACAAAUUGUUCUGGAACUGAACUGGGUAUGGUCCAUACAUUGUGUGUGUAAAAAGCCUUCUAGAUAUAACAUGGUUAUUCAAGGAGAAAUGUGAAUUAUGCGAGUAAAAUACCAACCAGUAUCAUAGAUUUUUGUUUUUGUUUUUUU